CGCGCCCUCAGGCUUCCUUGAAAAGCCUCACACCAGUCCCCUCUUAAUACCAUAGAGAGGAACCGUGGAACUCUUAGAACAGCGCCUUCUCGGCCUCCGUACCACAAAGAGGAGCCCUGGAGUUCCUAGCCCGGCUCCCUCGCCCUGGCUUCCUGUUUCACUUCCGGCGUGAAGGAGUUCUUUUAAGCCCCAUAGAGCAGCGCUUGCGGAGGUGGAGUGGGGCUGUCGCGCGGCUGUUGGCGACGUCGGUUAAUUCAUCGCUGUUUUAGCGUCUCGAGAGGGACGAGUUCGUUGGGGGAGAAGGAAGGCUGAUUGGUGCCUCGCUUGAGAGGCAGGCAGGCAGGAAUAUAGGAAGGAAGGAAAGAAAAGAGGGAGGGAGGUAGGAAGGAAAAUAGAUAAGUGGGAGGUAGGUAAGUGUGUGAGAAGGAAGGAAGGAAGGAGAAUAGAUAGAUAGGUGGGAAGGUCGAGUAGGAAGGUAGGUAGGAGGGGAGCCCCAUAACAGGGAAGAAGGAAGCUCUGUUGGCCAGAAGGAGAGGAGAAGGGAAGGAAGGAGGCAGCCGCAACCCAGGUGCCUCCAGCCAGGGCCAGAGAUCUGGGCGUGUCUGGGGAGAAGAGAGGGCUUGGAGGCUCUGGGGCCCUGGCAGCAGGGCAAGGAGGGUAACAGCAGCCCCCUCUUCUUGUGGGGAAGGGGGCAAGGCUCUCCCCCAGGCUCCUAGGAGGUGAAGAGGAGCAGGCCGUGGGUGCUGGCAGUGAACCUAGGCCCCCAUGGCCACGGCAGGAGCAGGCAGUGGCUCCAGGGCCCCGUUCCUCCUCAACCCUGUGACGACCCUCCAUGAGGAGGCGGUCUGUGCCAUCUGCCUUGACUAUUUCAUCGACCCGGUGUCUAUCGGGUGCGGGCACAACUUCUGCCGGGUCUGCAUCACGCAGCUGUGGGGUUCUGGGGAUGCCCCGGCUGAAGAGGAGGAGGUGGAAGAGGAGGAGGAAGAAGGGGAUGAUGUGGGAGCGUCCGGUUCUGAUGGAGGGUUUGGGCCUGGUUCAGAGGCAGGUGUCAAUGACGGAGGGAUAGACGAUUUGGGGCCCGAGGAGGAUGCAGAUGAUGAGGAAGACGAUCUGGAGGAGGACUUUUUGGGUGAUGGGAACAUGGAGGAGGAAGAGGAGGAGGAGGAAGAGGAGGAGGAGAACUCCAGGGAUGAGUAUGAUGAAGAUGACGAUGACAUCUGGGAAGAGGAAGAGGACCAGUUUGACUGGGACCAAGGCUCCGCGUCAGAAGAGAUAUGGGAUGAGGCAAUGGGAGAUGACCUAUUCUUCGCCAACUAUGACGAUGGGGAGGAAGUCAUGGAUGAAGAAGAGCGGGAAGAAGACGCUGAAUACACUCUGCCAGCCGUCCCAACUCCUCCUCCGCCACGACAGGCUUUCACUUGCCCCCAGUGCCGCAAAACCUUCCCCCGCCGGAAUUUCCGCCCUAAUCUUCAACUGGCCAACAUGGUGGAAAUCAUCCGCCAGAUGCAUCCACAGCCGUUCAAGCCAGUGACUGCGUCGACUGAAGCGGUGGAUUUGGCGGCGGUGGCGGGGGAUUCAUCUGGAGCACCUGUUUUAGCUGUAGGCAAAGCCCAGAGUGCUGAGCGAACCGUCUGUGAGAAACACCAGGAGCCCCUCAAGCUUUUCUGUGAGACCGAUGAGGAGCCCAUCUGUGUGGUGUGCAGGGAGUCGCGGGCCCAUAAACACCACAGUGUCAUGCCAGUGGAAGAAGUUGUGCAAGAAUACAAGGCCAAACUCCAGGGACAUUUGGACCCGCUGAAGAAAAAAUUAGAGACUGUUCUGAAGCAAAAGUCAAAUGAGGAGGGGAAGAUAACAGAUCUCAAGAACAAGAUGAAGAUUGAUAUGAAAGAGUUUGAAUCUGAUUUCGAGCGGUUGCACCAAUUUCUUGUUGGGGAGCAGGCAUUGCUCCUGCAUCAGCUAGAGGACCGCUAUGAGAUGCUGCUGGUCAAACAAACUAGCAACAUUACCCUUCUUGAAGAUCAGGGUGCUGCCCUCAGUCGCCUAAUUGCAGAAGCGGAAGACAAAAGCAAGCAGGAUGGCUUCCAGCUGCUCAAGGACUUCAAAGGCACUUUAGUCAGGUGUGAGAAUAUCAAGUUUCAGGAUCCAGAGAUGGUGUUAGUGGACUCAGGAAAGAAAUAUCAGAACUACUUCCUUACAGAUAUCCUAAUGAGGAAGAUGGAAAAGGUCUUCUGCAAAGCCCCUCUAGCUGAUUUGACCCUGGACCCAGAGACAGCCCAUCCGCGACUCACCCUUUCCUCUGAUAGCCGGAGUGUCCGACUGGGAGAACGCUGGCGGGAUGUGCCUGAUAGCCCCAAACGCUUUGAUUCUGACUACUGUGUGUUGGCCUUGCAGGGCUUCACCUGCGGCCGCCACUACUGGGAGGUUGAGGUGGGUGGCCGGAGAGGGUGGGCUGUGGGAGCAGCCCGUGAGUCAGCCCGACGUAAAGAGAAAUCCAGUGCUGGAGGCCCCCACCAGAAACGGGAAAUCUGGUGUGUGGGGACCAAUGGCAAGAAGUACCAGGCUCUGACCACAACCGAGCAGACGUCUCUCUCUCCAUGUGAGAAGCUCCGUCGCUUUUGCGUGUACUUGGACUACGAGCGGGGCCAGCUGGCAUUCUACAAUGCUGAAAACAUGGGCCACAUCCACACCUUCAAUGCCUCAUUCCGUGAGCGCAUCUUCCCCUUCUUCCGCAUUCUUUCAAAAGGGACUCGCAUCAAACUCUGCAACUGAGACCAUCACUGCUUUUGCCAUUGCACGAAGCUGGAUGCGCCCUUCCCUGCACAAGGCCUCCACCUUACUAUAAGUCAUCCUGUCCCAACUGAUCAUCCCUGAUGAGAGCUCACCCCUCACCCUCUUCAUUCUUAGACCUUCUCUGGUGCUUGUCAUGGAUUCACACAGAGACUCUCCCUUCUUUGGAUCCAAUACAGCACAAAUAUUCUUUCCUUUUCAUGGGUCUAAAUUUCUCUCUUGCAAAUCUACUUUAGCAAAACUCACUUCUUUCUCCCCGUUUCCUUUGGCAUUUUGCUGUAAGUGGACUGCCACACUUCUUCCCACACACCCUGAAGGAUCUCUUGACUUCCUGAUCUCUCUUUAACUUCCAGAAAAAUAUGAUUGUUAAGCUGUAUGUUUGCUGGCAUCUGUUGUGGCAACAGUGACUGGGGAUGAAGCAGUCUUUUGACAUUCCAGAGCCACCUAAAUCUUCUUAGGUCACAUCUCAUGGAAUCCUUAUGAGUGCCUGAUUGUCUUAACCUUUAGCAGUUUUGAUUUCCAGGCCAAAACCUGGUGCCAGCAUAAAUAAAAAAUAAAUAAAAAUAAAACUUUUAUUUUUAUCCCGCUUUUCUGUGACGAGACAAUCAAAGCAGCUCACAACACAUUAAAAUAUCUACAUUCACAACAUUAUAUCCCAAGUUGCCCCCCCUAAAACAGGAUUAAACAUGUUACAAUUAAAAUUGGAGAUUAAAAUAUCUAUUAAAAACACAAUAAGAAAAUAUAACGAUGACAGAGCAGUGGGCUAAUACAUGAUGUGAGGGGCAGUCAUU